ACUCGCCGAUCUAUGGCAUCCUCGUCUUCGGUUACACGUCGCAAGAAUACUUCCCCGCUUCUGGUCUCCACCCCUGCUGAGGACACCCCGCACCUCCAUGGCGAUCGGUCCCUUCCACCCCCGCCGGCCAUCUCCGCCGGUCGCCGACCUCGUCCGCACCCGGCAUCCUCAGUCGAACGUCAUCGGGCUUCUCCGUCCUCACUCUCAGGCAAUGAAGAUCCCCUCCACCGUGGUCGCCUGACCCGUCAGUCGCAGUCAGAAAGCUCGCAGCUUUCCGAGGAUCCUCCCCGGCCACUCGACUUCUCCGCCAAGCAUGGUCACCUGAUCAAGGCACUUCCUAUGCUUAAAGUUGGUCCUCCUGUGGCCACCAGUGACCCCAUAGUUGUAUCUACAACUCCACCUCUUGUUCCCAUCCCAGUGAGAAGCUACAAUUACUUGAGUAAGGAUGAGAUUGAGGAGAGGCAGAGGCAACAACGCAAUAUGGCAGAGGUGGUAGUCGUGUACCGGUCCGUUGUACUUCUCAUCUUCACUGCUGCACUCUUCUACUAUGAAUACCAAAGGCUGAUAAUCUUGGUCUCUGAGAUUGCUGCGGUCUCUUGCCUUCUUCUUUAUCUCUGGUCCUCCCACAUUAUGCAGUUUUGGUUAGAGCGUCCAGUGACCGAGGAUGCCUCAUUGGUCGUGUUUGUUUGGUGCUUAGUGCUUUGCCUGCUAGGGUUUCUUGUAGGAGUGAUGAUUAGUCCAGUUGCUGCUAUGGCCAUCACCAGUUUGGCUGCAAUAUGCAUGUCAACAUUUUUUGUGCGAAGUCUACAUGAGUAUCUACAUACAAGAUUAGCGUGUUGUCUCAGUGAGGUAGGAGACAGUUUCUCCAGUGCCGUGGCUCAGGGAGGGCAUACCAAGAAGAGGAGAUCAGUUUCUCACCAAGAAGUUGUAGCUGCCAAGCCCCCAUGGAAAUAGCUGUUCUGCUCGCGAGCACAGGUGAGCACUUUAUCACAACGGCUCGCCAAGGCAUCGGGAUGUGUAGCGUUCAAUUAUUCAGCGAAGUGGUCGAUCGUUUUUAAAACACGGGAGAGGGGAAUACGGUAUGCGGGUGUGUCGUAUGCCGCGCCGGUGACGGAGCCCGCAGGCGGCGCCGUGACGGGCGCUUUCCUGAGCCGUGGCUCGGGAAGGCGUUGUACUGCUGAUCCGUGGCUCGGGAAGUGGGACUUCCGCUGUCGGUGGUGGGCAGGCUAGUAAAUGAGGAAUCAGAUCGUCGUCGUGCUGUCCCCCACCUCUGGCCACUCUUUCUUGGAUCGCCAUUGACGCACGCGGAGGUCGGCGGUGGAUGAAAUACACGGCGGCGCUUGUGGGGAUGGA